AUGGCGAGCCAGAAGAAGGCGGGUGCCACCCAACCAGGGACGGGAUUGAUGGAGGCAGCGCUACGCGCAACGGCAGGAGAUGCCAAGGCGAAACCGAAACUGAGGCGCGUUUCGAAGGCCUGCGGUCCGUGUAGCGUUGCCCACAGCGCCUGUGAUAGGGUUCGGCCGUGCAAGCGGUGCGUGAGCCAGGGCAAAGCGCACCAGUGCGUUGACGUAUCGACGGGCCGACGCCGGGGCCGCCCACGCCGACAACCGGGCGACGCCGAGCACCCGCUGAAGGUGCCCAAGGUGGAGCACGACGACGAGGACUCGUACCGCUCCGGCGACGAAGACGACGACCACGACGCAGGCGCCGAGGCGGCGCGGCCUCAGACGCAGCACCCACAGCAGCGCUGUGUUGGCAGACGACGACGACGCGAGAGCGAAGAAGCCGAGGCUGACGAUGAAGACGACGACGCCGAUGGCGAGAGCGAAGAUGACAGUGACGACGACGAUGACGACGUGCGGGUGCGGCAUGUGGCCAAGCGCGCGCACAUCGAUGAUGGUGAGACGUCAUCGCACCACCACCACCACCACUCGCACUCGUUUGAUGCGAUGCGGGCGCUGCUCGACGAACAGCGCAGCCUGGUGCGCGAGCUGCGUGCGAUGCGGUCGGAGCUGGCCGAGGUGCGGCACACGCAGAGCCUCCACGAGCAGUACUUUGCGUCCGUCACGCCCCUCAUCCCACACUCGCGCUCACACACAUCAUCGUCGACGAUCGGCACCGGCUCGUCGUCGCCCUCAUCGCCGCCGCCGCCCACCCUGCGGCGGUCGUCCCACCCCACCACCAACGACUACGCCCAGUCGCCCACCACCUCAUCGUCGGGGUCGUCGUCGCCGCAGCCCACAACUUUCGAGCGAUGCCGCGGUGACAACAUGCAUUCCUUCGUCGUGCCCACAUUCCUGUCGUUGAUCACCAGCGACGCGCUGCUCCCGCAGCCGCCGCAGCCGCAGCCGUCGGCCGUCGAGCCGCCGUCGUCGUUCAUGUCCGCCCUCACCGGGUGGGAGCACCCGCUCUCGGCGGCCGGUGGCUAUGAGCCGAUGGCCGAGGCCAGCUAUGCGCUGCCGCACCACCUCCACCAGCAGCAACAGACCACGGCGGCGGAGCAUCACCAACGCCGAAGCCGACGUCAUGACGAGAUCGCGCCACGUCAGCAGCGCCACCACGACCCGUACUAUGGGAGCAUCGGGUCGUACCACCUGCCGGCGCGGGUGCGCGAAGUGUUCAACGUCCCGCUGGGCGUGCGGCUCGAGAUGCUGGCCCACCUGCCCUUCCUCUCGCACUACAACAUCACCUCCUCCGCAGUGCCCUUUGCUAUCUCCGAUCCUAGGCAACCCAUCGCGGUGUGUCGAGCGCCGCCGGUGCGAAGCCUGGGACAGGAGAUCGUCACCGAGCUGACCUACGUGAGCCCCUCCUUUGCCGAGCUCGUUCGCGCUCCCAAAGAGGCGCUUCUGGGUACAUCGUGCUCGAGCUACCUGAUAUGCGAUGAUGACGAGGCGAUGAGGCAGUACUUUGAGGAGAUGGCGUCCUGGGUCACCAUGCGUCCGGUGUUGAGCGGCCGCAUCCUGGCGCGACGGAAGGACGGCUCUUUGGUUCCCUCCCGAGUGCGCACCCAGAUGUUUUAUAACGACGAGGGCUACUGCGUGAUGGCCCUGGACGUAGAGUGGCCUGCUCCGCAUCCGCCGCCGCGGGGACACCUUCACGGCGGCCGUGCGGCGCUGCCAACGUUGGGAUACAGUAUCACCACCGCCCACGAGAGCUUCGGACCUCGCGCGACGAUCGAGGAGGAGGCCGACUUCACCACCAGCUGCCGAGGUGAGACGGCCAUGGUCGCCUUCCCUGCCAACGCGUUCUGA